AAGCCGAUGAAGUAGUUUAUAUGUGCCGCCUGUCAAACUAGCAUUACAAGCGUGUCAAACGGGCUGUCAGCCGGUUUAAGUUGCCACUCAAAAGGCCUUGCAGUCCUGGUAUAAAGGCCUACUAAUCAAGCCGUUUGGCACUUUUAGAUUGAUAAUUGUUUUAUACUGAUGCCAGAAGGUGUUGUAUUCGACAGGCCUACAACUAGUGGAUUGUGAACCAUGUGGCUCCUUGCUCUUUCCUUGCUCGUGCUGCUCACCGAGGGUCUUGGUAUACUUCACGAAGCACCGUUAUACCGAUCCAACCGUCCUCCAAGUCCAAGGGGAUUGGAAACAAAAUACUUCAUAAAAUUGAAGGAUGGACAUGACAUGGACGAGUUCAUCUCCUUCCUGCCUGCCUCUCGUGGUAUUUGGCCGGAUGUGGGCGUUACAGUCUUGAAUCAGCACAAGGAUCUCCUUGAUGGACUCGAAGCCAGUCUUCCCUCAGUAUUGCUGAAUGCUAUUCGCCGCAUUGAAGAUGUGGAGUACGUGCAAGAGAUCGGUACAGUCAAACUUGGCCAGACCAUCUGGAACUUGGACCGUAUCGACCAAGAUCAGUUGCCGCUAGAUGACAACUACAACGUAGCAGGCACUGGUGAGGGGGUUACUGCUUACGUAAUUGACACCGGAAUCAACCCGGCCCAUGGAGAGUUUGGUGGGAGAGCCAAAAUCAUGUUUGAUUCCUUCAAUGCAGAUGGUAAAGACUGUGUGGGCCACGGUACACAAGUAGCGGACAUCAUCGGAGGAACUUACUUCGGAGUGGCUAAAAAGGUGAAUCUGUCCUCACUCAAAGUGUUCCCUGCGUGCUCCAUGGAAGGGGAUGAGAGUAGCAUUGUGGCAGCGUUUAACUAUCUCGUGACAAGGGUACAGCAGCCGGCGGUGGUGGCUAUUUCGGUCUACGUUCCCGGGGGUUCAAACUACCUGGAUGACGUUGUACGUAACUUCAUGAUCAAGACUAAUGUCACCGUGGUCACGCUGGCGGGAAAUGAGCAAUAUGACGCCUGCAAUGACUCGCCAGGAAGAGUGGCAGAGGUUCUGACGGUUGGUGCAACGGACGAACAGGACAAUCGCGCAACUUUCUCUAGCUAUGGCUCCUGCACGGAUCUCUACGCUCCUGGUGUCAGCAUCCUUAGCGCAACUUACACCGGAGAGUGGAAUGUCGCUUACAUGACCGGGACGUCUGCAUCCUGUCCGCAUGUGGCCGGUGCUGUGGCUUUACUAUUGGAAAAUUCCCCAGGCCUGACGCCGAAUGAGACCCACGAACUGAUCGUCGAGCAGGCCACCUCGGGAGUAGUCAAGGACGCCAAGGGGGGUCCCAACCUCCUGCUCCGGGUAGAAAAUCCUACGUCCAGUGGGUAGACCCUCGGAAUCCAUCACAAUUAAUGCUCAUCUCCAGUAUUUAACCAUUACGGGUGUUUGGGAAAACAACUCUCUAACUUCCCUAGUUCGGUGCAAGUGUGACGUGAAUGUGCAGUGAUUGCACUCUCUGAAUAUUUAUAUAUUAAUUGUGUAAGAGUCAAUUGAAAAGGGAUUUAAAAUAACAAUCUUUAAGUUAUAUACAAUGUAGUAGUUUUGGUUGAAUGGUGCGUUUCUUGGAUUGGUGGGAAUUUUAAGCAGGCUAGUACUAGGCCGAGACUGUUGGUAAACAGAGAGGAGAGGAAUUCUCUGCAGUGCCCAACACGAACCAACUUCUGACAUUUCCAUGGACAUCAGUAUAGACGGAAGGCAAAUGACGUCGAGUUUUGCUUACAGAGAUGCCACUAAUAUAUCAAUAAAAAGCCCGAAACACUACUAAAAUAAACUCUGAAACUACCCUUACCCCCUUUCAUAAAUGUGUCUUCUGGAUGUUUCAGACCAAAUCCAGAACUUUUAAUUGUCACAUUUAAGAAAACCUCUGAAUUCAGGUUAAAACGUGAAAAAAUGGCAUUGCUGUGCUUACACGUGCGCUUUCGUGCCGGCGUCCCCAUCUGGCUCUGGCUCCCACAAAACGUGACGUCAUGAUGUCUUAGGUCUUUUUCUUGACAACUUGAAACAUGUUUCAAAUCUGUUUUAAAAAUUAAACUCGAAUGGAAUGGCAGCCAAACAGUAGUAAGGGCUUCUACAGAGUGAGCACAAGUUAUUGAUGAACAGUACGAAUACGUGGAUAAUUAAACGGAUCAUUUACCUUUCGAUUUUAAAUUAAUGGUAGGGUAAUGUUUAAAGAGAAGAUUUUGUUUUCCUUUUUAGGUGUUAGCCUAUUAAAAAAGUUUUUUUCUGUUUAGGAAUCUAUGGUUGAUCUGAUGGACAAUUAAACAGAUCGCGCAUUUUUAUUAGUGGUGGGGAAAUAUUAAAAGAUAAUUUAACUUUUUAGGUGACACAUUAACCUAAUUGUUUUUCUCUCACUUGCACCUAGUAAUACCACUUGACCUCACUCAUUCAUAAUAUUGCAUGAUUUUUGACAGUCUGAAUACAACCACUGUGAGCAUUUUCUGUAUAUUGACGGAGGCUCCUUAAAUGGCAUAAGAAUUGUGCCAGCUGUAUUGUGAAGAUACACUGUAAUCCGUCAUGAGGCAGUUAAGUUGUACAAUAGCUUGUAAAGUGUUUUCGCCAUUGAAGGGGGCCUCAGUGACUGUACCAUGAUCACCUGCUUUGGGGCGUGUUUCCGCGACCGUGACCAGAAACAUGUUUCGGCUUUGGUCAUUGGUUGAGCGUUUUCGUGACUUUGGUUGGCUGGAGUGACGUCACUGUUCCGACCGAAACCGAACCAAGGCCAAGGGUCGGUUACGGAGUGCAUUUCAAGAUGGCGGAAAGAUAAAUACACGACAUGUGACAAAGCAGUGUUGGGGGGAAAGCUUGUUAAUGCUUAUUUUUAAUACGUACAUCGUAAGUGUGUACAUUUUAUAAGUGGCCUGUAAUAAAAUGUCUAUACAACUUACAAGCCCACAAGGUAUUAUCCCGAAUUUCGCCGGGACAGGCCGCGCACACCAAAAAAUUAUCGAUGUUGUCAAAAUGUCUGCCAUGUUUGUUUACAACUUUUUGACACGGUUUUCGGUUCAGCGUUUUUGUGCGCAUGUGUAAACAUGUUUCUGGUAAUCAAUUUGACCUCACAAACAUGUUUCUGGUCGCGGUCGCGAAAGCACGCCCCAGGUUGUAGUCGUCACUAUGUCUUUUGUAGGCUUCUUUUGGGGUUUGAAGUCCCCAGUUAGUUUCCAGAUUUAAAACUUCAAAGCUAGGCUCGGUGAGUUUUGGAAAAUUAAAACCGUAGAUAAAAGUUAAAAAGCAUUGAUAUUUAAUAGAAAUUAAGCUUGGACAAGGUUUACUUUCCUUAUAAACGUAUUUAUUUAUUCCACUCCAGCACUACCUUUUCAGAAUCAUUGUAAGGAGUAGCUAGAUUUUGCCCUUGUUAUUGCAGUGAUAUUCACAGGACUCAUGCACUAAGCUUUUGCUGUUUCUCAAAUGAAGAUUGUCCUAACAACUGAUCGAUCGACAAUUCACUAAAGUGAAAACAAAGUUUGCAUUCUCGCUGGAAAACCAUCUUGAACGAAUUCCGCUUCGUUUGUAAUCACUCUAAAGGUUAUGUGCUUAAAUUUACACUUCACCUGUCUAAUACUUGACAAAAUAAAACAAAAACUGCUUGGAAGUUGCCACGUGGAGGAUA